AUGUUUACCGAAAUGAGCAAAAGUCUUUUCCUUCUCUUUAAUAUUUCUUUCUUUCUUUCUUUCUUUCUUUCUUUCUUUCUUUCUUUCCUCACCUAUCCCACCAAUAGACGGGCUCUGAGUCGAUCGAAGAAACACGUCCCCCCACAACAGCAGUGUUUCCCCACGUUUAAAAGGGCCAAAGAAGGGAGGGCCAGGAAAGUAUUGGGGUUUGCCAAGGUGCUGGAGAUUUCCCUGACUCUGAAUUUCUUCCCGCUGGCAACCGGUGGGCUUUACAAGAAGGACGGGAUCAAGAUAUUCGCCACCAAUGCCAUCGAUAAGUUCGUUUCAGCACACUUAGGAGCAGUGGGGGCCACUUUUUACCCCCCUUUCUUUCUAUUAGCCAAUUGUUUGUUACUGGACGACCAACAACCACCGUUGUUCUUCAAGCCCCAAACCCUCCAGCUUUCACUCCACUCCCCCACCCCACGCUCAGUUCUCCCUCUUGCCUCAAGUUCUGUCUUCUGCUGCACUGGUCUACCCCAUCUCCUCGUCGAACAUUGUCGCUGUCGUCUUCGUCCACGUCAGCUGGAUUGCCUUUUUUCAUUCCUUCCUUAUUCUAUUCACUUUUCUCUUUUACUUUCUUUCUUUCUUUAUUUUAUCGCUCAUUUUUCUUCCUUUUUCACCAUUUUUUCUUGCGCUCUUCCUUUCUUUCUUUUUUGUGUUUUACCUUUCUUCUUUGACUUUUUCCAUCUUUACUGUUUGCUUCUUGCUUUUAUUAUUUUCUCUCACUUUUUCUUUUUCCCUCUUUCUUUCUUUUUUCAUUCUUUCUUUCCUUUCGUCCUUUUUCCUUCUGUCUCCCAAUUCCUUCUUUAUAUCUGCACUCACUCAAUUUCUUUUCUUUCUCUUUUUUGCUUUUGCGAUUUUCUUUCAUUCGUUGCUUUACAUUUCAUUCUUCCCCAUUCUUUCUAUAAUGUGUGUUUCUUUUCCUUCCGUUAUUUUUCUUCUUCACUUUUAUUUGUUUUUCUUUGUUUAAUUUCUUCAUUUUUGUCUCUUCUUUUUCCUUAUUUCGUUUUUUCUUCUUUCUUUCUUUUAUAUUUAUUUAUUUUCAUUUCAUUCCGUUUUUCUUCUCAUUAA